GUACUGCGCGUGAUUCAAACAGGAGUCAUACGCUGAUUUACUGCGACAGAUCUUUUCUCUCUUCGCUGAAUCAGCUGAAACCGUUGUGAAACGUGAAUAAAAGGACUAACAUGGCGAAAGAACACCGUACAUUCAAAGAGGAGUGCUCUUUCAUCGAGCGCUUAAACAAAAACUCGUUUCUUAUUAAGAAAGGCUUUGUCCCAAACAUGAAGGUUGAAGGUAUCUUCUAUAUAAAUGAGUUGCUGGAAAAGCUAAUGUUUGAUGAGCUGAAGAACUGGGCUGGAACUCAAGGUAUUGGUGGUUUCCUUCCUGGUGUAAAGCAGAUUGCAAAUGUUGCAGCUUUGCCUGGAAUUGUUGGUAGAUCAGUUGGACUACCAGAUGUUCAUUCUGGCUAUGGGUUUGCUAUUGGGAAUAUGGCAGCCUUUGACAUGUCUCUUCCGGAAGCAGUUGUUUCUCCUGGUGGUGUUGGUUUUGAUAUCAACUGUGGAGUGCGAUUACUGAGGACAAACCUUGAUGAGAAGGAUGUCAAACCUGUUAAAGAACAAUUAGCACAGUCACUUUUUGAUCAUAUUCCUGUUGGUGUUGGCUCUAAAGGUGUUAUUCCCAUGGGUGCAAAAGAUCUCGAGGAAGCUCUCUCAAUGGGGAUGGAUUGGUCCUUAAGAGAAGGUUAUGCUUGGGCUGAGGAUAAGGAGCAUUGUGAAGAGUACGGACAAAUGCUGCAGGCUGACCCUGGAAAAGUUAGUGGUAGAGCAAAGAAACGAGGCUUGCCGCAGCUUGGCACUCUUGGAGCGGGGAAUCACUAUGCGGAAAUCCAGGUUGUGGAUGAAAUUUACGACAAUUAUGCUGCAAAGAAGAUGGGAGUUGAUCAUCUUGGACAGGUUUGUGUGAUGAUCCACAGUGGCAGUAGAGGACUUGGACAUCAAGUGGCCACUGAUGCACUGGUAGAAAUGGAGAAAGCCAUGAAAAGGGACAAGAUUGAAGUCAACGACAGACAGCUUGCUUGUGCCAGAGUUAACUCACAAGAAGGUUAAGAUUACCUCAAAGGCAUGGCUGCAGCAGCGAAUUACGCCUGGGUCAACCGUUCAACGAUGACAUUUUUGACAAGACAAGCUUUCGGAAAAAUUUUCAAGAGUACCCCGGACGACUUAGACAUGCAAGUGAUCUAUGACGUGUCACACAACAUGGCAAAGAUCGAAGAACAUAUAUUGGACGGUGUACAGAAGACUCUCUUAGUACACAGGAAAGGAUCAACCCGUGCAUUUCCUCCUCAUCAUCCGCUUAUCCCAGUGGAUUAUCAGUUGACUGGUCAACCUGUACUGAUUGGAGGAACCAUGGGCACGUGUAGUUAUGUUUUGACAGGAACGGAAAAGGGAAUGAACCAGACGUUUGGUACCACGUGUCACGGAGCGCCGAAAUAUUGACUAUCAAGAAGUUCUCAAUGGUCUUAAAUCCAAAGGAAUCUCAAUAAGAGUGGCUUCCCCAAAACUGGUUAUGGAAGAGCUUUUUAACAGGCUCCUGAGUCUUAUAAAAACGUCACUGAUGUCGUUAACACUCAUCAUCAAUAGCACUUCGAUAACCAGUUCCUCCUAGUCUCACCAAUGAAUCUUGGAUGUCCUGCCAGUAUUGAUUGAAUGUUGGGUCAUCAACUGAGGAGUUGCUGACAUGACCAUAAACUGUGUUUCUGUAGCACUUGAUACGAACGAUAUCUGCCUCGAAGGUUGUGUCUGUGGCAGGAGGAAGUGUAUCCCAGCCUGUCGCUGGAGGAGCAAGACCACAAAUGUUCCUCAGCAAGACCAUAAGAAGAGUUAUAUCGAAAUUCUUCGAUGAAACUGAGGAUCUGACAGCAGGAUACAGUUUGCCCCAUUGUAGGGGAUUUAACACUUUCUUUUUCAGUGAUUGUAGCACUGUAUGGACUGGAGGACUGGACAAAACUGUGUCUAGGUUACCGGUUGGACGCUUCUUUUCAAAUGCUUCUCUCAGGACAUCUGAUCCGACAUCCACCAGAAGCCUGCACAGCCGGGCGUAAUUGGUUGUCUCUUUUGACGAAUGAAACGAAGGUGCUGCAGCGGUGGCCAUGAAGAAAUACCGGAUCGUUACUAAGAAAAGGUCUAUGACUUUUUAACCAAGAAAUUUGCUUGCUGCUUUUUCGUCAGUCUCCCAGGUCCAGCACUGAAAGAAUGAAUAAGAUAUUCGAUUUCAAAACCAAUUGACUCACACAAAUAUUUUCACUUGCAAAAGUGUUCGUUAUAUCUCAAGGUCACCAAGGGUAUUGCA